CACGUUGUGCGCUUGUGCCUGAGCUUCCCCCAGUGUUUGGAGUGGCAGCGGACUUGUCCUGACUAUGUUCGCAAGGUUGUAUUCAGGAUCGUGCAUAAGGCCUCGACCUCGACCAAAGUUUUGCUUGCAUUUAUCAAACGGAUAUAUGUUGCGAAUAUAUAUAGAUGGAGAAGAUACUCACCAAAGGUCUGCAUAGCAUCGCUUGAAACCAUCAUGGGCAUCUCCAAGCGCAGCUGCGACAACGACGACCAAGUCGACCAAGUCGACCAACUCGACCAAGUCGACCAAGUCGACCAACUCGACCAACUCGACCAAGUCGACCAAGUCGACCAAGUCGACCAACUCGACCAACUCGACCAACUCGACCAACUCGACCAACUCGACCAACUCGACCAACUCGACCAACUCGACCAACUCGACCAACUCGACCAACUCGACCAACUCGACCAACUCGACCAACUCGACCAACUCGACCAACUCGACCAACUCGACCAACUCGACCAAGUUGACCAACUCGACAGCAACCCGAACCAUAAGAAAAUGAAGACCAAACCCAGCAUCCUUCGACAAAGCACAACAGAACCCGAAGCCCACAAAGACCUAGAGCGGACAAGCUUAAGUGAGGGAGUGAAGCUUAGGCGCGAACAGAGAAGCGAUGCGUCGGUGCGCCGGGAUAUUGAUCAGUUCUCAGAUUUCGACCAGAACGACACUUUAGGCGAGCAAGGUGAUGAAGAGACAAAGGCAAAAAGGCUACCUACAGAAACCGCCCACCUCGCCCACCUCGCCCGUCUUGCAUACAUCGAUACCCUCAUGAUCCCCCACUGCCCCAUGCAACGCUGGCUCCUCGCCCUGCGGCAUACGUGGGACGCCAAACACGCACUAUACAAGAUGGACGACGUCUGGUAUACGCGGACAGGUUGGCAGGGCGAGAUGUGGGAGCGGGUGCAGCAGAUGAGGGAGAGCGAGGGGGUAGACGUGGGGGAGUGGGAGGACGUUUGUGAUUUUGACGAUGACAGGGAGGACGUUGAAGGGUUUGAGGGUGAUGGGUGAUGGGUGAUGGGUGAUGAUGGGUGAUGAUGGGUGAUGGGUGAUGGGUGAUGGGUGGGUAGAUGGGUGGUGGGUG